AUGACUGUAAGAUUUGUGUUGUUAUGUGAAGUAUGUGUUGGUUUUUAUUGCAGUGAGGAGGACAUGUAUCGUGAUGCAGAAGAAAUAGAGAGGGAGAAAAUAUUACUUUCUGAGACAAGCUCUUCAGAAUAUAAACUAAGUGUUGCACCUGAAAUGGACAUCAUGGAGUAUUGCAGAAAAGAAUGGAGAGGAAAUACACCAGUAGCAAAAAGGAUGAGAAAGGGAUAUGAAGCAGUUGCUCAGAAGUUUGCAUCUAUAAGGAGAGUACGAGGUGAUAACUAUUGUGCUCUCAGAGCAACACUUUUCCAGGCACUAAGCCAAGCUACCCAGUUACCGAGCUGGCUGCAGAGUGAGGAUUUUACUAUGCUUCCUGAAAACUUGCUGAGCAAGUAUGACUGGAUCAAACAGUGGCAGCUGAAACAGAAACUGGGCAGGAAGAUGGGAGAAAUAAGUGAUGAAAUUAAAGAAUAUUUAAUACUUCUAAGGAAAAAGUGGAAGAAUAUAAGUGAAAUCAAGGGCCCUAUUGAGAAACAAGAAGCUUGUGAGAAAUUGUUUAAAAAUGAAGAGGAGGAGUAUAGUCUCUAUGAAGCGCUGAAAUUUUUGAUGCUUAACACUGCCAUCAAAUUAUACAAUGAUGAUAAAAAUGGGAGGAGAGUUCCUGUCUUCUCAUGGUUACUGUUUGCACGGGAUACAUCUAGCAACCCUUGUCAGUUAAUGCAUAAUCACUUGAAUCAUAUUGGUCACAGUGGAGGCCUUGAACAAGUGGAAAUGUUUCUCCUUGCUUAUGCUCUGCAGUAUACCAUCCAAGUGUAUCGACUGUAUAAAUAUAGUACUGAUGAAUUCAUCACACUUUAUCCCAAUGACCCAGAAGAGGACUGGCCUGUGGUGACUCUCAUAACUGAAGAUGACAGACAUUAUAAUAUUCCAGUCAGAAUGUGCCAAGAGACUAUGCUGUAAACAAGUGAUUUUUGGCAGACGAACCUGUCCUGCUUAUUGAGGUUUCCAAUGCUAUUUUGAAACAGGAUAAUGAUGAAAUCUGCGUUACUAAAUCUACACCAACUUGAAAUCCGUCUUUUAGAAGUUUACAUCUGACAUAGAGUAUCAAAUAGAUACUAGCUUAAAGAGUAAAAUUUUUGCAAGUAUGGCUUUUGUUGCCCAUGAAAAAAAAAUAAAUGUCUGCAAUACUUUUUUUGAAGGGCUUACUCUGAAUAGGAAUGCAAAAACUAUAGAUUUACCUCUUUUCUUAAGAAGAUAGGUGGGGCUCUGUGAUAAGAUGUGAGCUGACCUUCUGCUC